GUACCAGCGCAUGUGCUCUCUCAAAUAUAUUCAUCUCAAGUCUUGCAAACAAUCAAUCCACAGAUCACAUCUUCACAAUGGUUCAAAUUCCUCAACGCGAGCUCGGCUCUACUGGCGUCAAGAUCCCUGCUAUCGGCUUUGGUGCCAUGGGUCUCUCUGAGUUCUACGGUUCUUCUGAUGAGGAUACCAACAUUGCCGUCUUAAAGAAGACCAUUGAGCUUGGCGCUUCUCACAUUGACACUGCUGAUAUGUACGGCACCGGCCACAACGAGGAGCUCAUUGGCAAGGUCCUCGCUGAGCCCGGUCUCCGUGAGAAGGUCUUCAUCGCGACCAAGUUCGGUAACGUCCGUGGUGCCAACGGCGAAUUCUUGGGUGUCUCCGGAAAGCCUGAGUACGUCCGUCAGCAGUGCGAGUUGUCCCUCAAGCGCCUCGGCAUCAAGCAGAUCGACCUUUACUACCAGCACCGUGUCGACCCAGAGACUCCCAUUGAGGAGACCGUGGGUGAGAUGAAGAAGUUGGUUGAGGAGGGUAAGGUUAGGUUCCUUGGUUUGUCCGAGUGUUCCGGCGAGACCUUGAAGAAGGCUCACAAGGUUCACCCUAUCGCCGCUGUCCAGAUCGAGUACUCUCCCUGGACUACUGACAUCGAGACUAACGGUCUUCUUGCUGCUGCCCGUGAGCUCGGUGUUUCCAUCGUUGCUUACUCUCCUUUGGGACGCGGUAUGCUUACUGGCAAGUACCGCUCCCCCGAGGACUUCGAGGCCGACGACUUCCGUCGCUACAGCCCUCGUUUCUCCGAGGAGAACAUGAAGAACAACCUCGCCCUCGUCGACGAGUUCCAGUCUCUUGCCGAGAAGAAGGGAUGUGCUCCUUCGCAGCUCUGUCUCGCCUGGGUUCUCAAGCAGGGUAAGGAAUUCUUCGUCAUUCCUGGAACCAAGAAGGAGAAGUACCUCAUUGAGAACGUCGGUGCCGCCGGUGUGGAGGUCACUGAUGAGGAGGACAAGGAGAUCAGGGCGGUUAUUAAGAAGUGUACCGUUCACGGCCAGCGCUACCCUGAGCAGAUGAUGGGCACUUUGAACUUGUAAGGACAGGAUGGGCCCGGGAUUAGGUGUACGAUUCUAGCAUGGCCAUGAAGUCGAUUGUAGGACUAUUGGAAUACGUUAAGGAAGGAUGGAAAAUCAAGUCAUGUAUAAGUUACCAUC